AUGCCUGGAGAUAAUCCCUCAUCGGCUGUUCAAGGCGUGAAAUCGAAGAAGAACAAGAAGAAGGCUGGGAAAGCCAAAGAGAACCCUCCGUCGACCGACAAUCUGCAAUCAGAUCCUCCAGCGAAUCAAGAUAAGACCGACAACCAUGACGACGACGCUGUCGAGCAGCCCUCCGAUUCCAUAGCCAACCCGAACACCGACGGUCUUUCACCCGAUAUGGCUGACGACAUUGUUCCCAAAUCACUGGCCAAAGAUGGCAAUGCCACUCAUCAAGAUGAGACACAAGAAUCUGAGGACCCGACCCCAACCAACUCCGAGCCUAGAGACCGCUUUGAUGCUCUGGUGCGAGAUCGAGACUCCCUCCGCGCCGAGGUGACCGACAUGCGCAAGUCCCUGGAGGAAAUCCAAUCGAAACACAGGGCAGACAUGGAGGCGUUGCAACAGAGACUGGGCGACGCCGAGUCCAAGAAGGAGCAUGCAGAAACACAAUUCCAGAAGCUCAUGGAACGGGUCAAUGCUAUUAAGUCCCAACUGGGAGAGCGACUCAAAGAAGAUGAGGAAGAAUUGGCUCAAGCGCGAACCCAAAUCGAAGAAUUGGAGGAUGAGAAUGCAACCCUGAAGUCGCAGCUUGAAUUGAAAUCGAUUGAACUAGCAGAGCUAUCGGAAGAAUCGGCGCAGAAGUCUCAAGAAAUCUCUACUCUUCGAGAUCGGACUAACCUAUCUCAACAGAAUUGGCUCAAGGAGAAGAAUGAGCUAAUUGAGCAGGAGUCGUAUCUUCAAUCGGAGUUUGAACAAGCCAAGGAGGCGAUGCACAAUUGGGAGGUACUUGCCAUGGAGGAACGAUCGAUUCGUGAAAAUCUCGGCGAGAAAGUUGUAGACCUCGAGGAACAGCUGAGCAAUCUCCGUGACUCCCACGAAAAGGUCACGAGUGAACGUGACAGUCAGCAGUCCACAGUUGAUGGACUGCAAAGGGCAUUGCAGGAGAUCCAAAUAGCCCGAAAACAAGAACUCCGAGAGCUUGUGGAGAGCUCUGAUGCCCAGCUAGAGGAGCUUCGAAAGUCUGUGGGAGACGCGCAGAAACAAGCCACUGACGCCGACAAGAGUCUUCACGCCGCACAAGAGGAGCUGGCCCGGGUGCGACCGUUUGAGAAGGAGGUCAAGGAGAAGAAUCUCCUGAUUGGCAAGUUGCGGCAUGAAGCUGUUACGCUGAAUGAUCAUUUGACCAAGGCUUUACGGUUUCUUAAAAAGGGCAAGCCAGAGGAUAAUGUGGACCGUCAUAUUGUAACCAACCAUUUGCUACAUUUUCUUGCUCUGGAUCGAUCAGAUCCCAAGAAGUUUCAGAUUCUUCAACUGAUUGCAGCUUUGCUAGGCUGGAACGAUGAACAACGUGAACAAGCCGGUCUUGCUCGACCGGGAACAUCGCAUAUGCCAGGAAAGCUCCGAGUACCCGGUACUCCGCUGCGUACUCCCAGCACACCCAACCUGGCCACCGAGUUUAUGGACAACGGGACAUCAAGCAAAGAGACAUUAGCCGAGCUAUGGUCCAAUUUCCUCGAGCAAGAAGCAGAGGCCGGGAAUAUCACUGCGAUCAGGCGAGGAAGUCAUCCAGGGCCAGUUGCAAAUCCCUAG